AUGAUCCCAGACUCCGUAAAGCAAACAUGGCAUGAAUGGAGACUCUCGAUGAAGAAAGCAGAGCACGAACACUUCGGCAACGAGGAAGUAAGCGACGCAGUUGAAAUGGCUGGGUGGGGAGUCGAGAAGGCUGAGCAGAAGAACAAGGUGGAUGCCAGCCUAGCAACGCAAUUGGCGCUCGCAUAUGCGAUCCACAAAUCUUUCAUCUUCAUCCGUGUUCCUAUCGCGGUCGCAGUUACCCCGAAAGUAGUCAGGAUUUUACGGGGUUGGGGCUGGGAUAUUGGGAAGAGGACAACGAAAGAGGCCAAGGCUAUUAGGAGGGCUCACGUUGCUGCGAGACCGGCAAAGAAGAGGAAAGGAAGGAAAUCUUGA